AUGUUCGCAAACGUUCAGCAGCCCCUAGAAGUCGCUGCCCUCGGCCAUGAGUCCCCCAACGGCGUCGCGAAUCAAGGCGUUGAACCCAUCAACAUCGAGAACGUUUCGAACAUCACGCCUGAGUCUAUCGCGAAUGGCGUUCCCGUUGACGAAAAAAGCAGCGACGACUUUAGGGUAGCCAUGGGCCUGAUCCAAUGCCGAACGUACCUCAAUCGUUGCGUGGUUCUGCAGUCAAUCAUCAACUCCAUCGAUCGCACACCCCGGGCACAACGGUCUGAUGCUGAGGCUGAGACAAUCGUACGGUCUUACUACAACAGAAUCCGGAAGUUUGCUUUCGAAGCUUACCAACUUGCCGAAGCCAGAUCUAGCCGCGGCCUGCUCGCACGUUCCCACUACUGGUGUGGACGUGGCUGCGGUGGUUUGCGCGACUGGGAUGCUGCUAUGAGCCACUUUACGUCUGCUGUGAACAUGGACUUGUCAGACGUUUACAUCAAGAGCAGGCCGCGUCAGCGGACUGGUCUACUAAAGAAUGAGAAGGAAGAUGUUGACUUCCUACUCCAGAGCGUGACACAACGUUACAACGAAUGGAUUCUAAACGGAGGAGCACACAAAGCCGUUGAUGAUCGAGGAGCAAGUCCAAGUCCUACCGAUAUCCUCCGGAAAGAGGCACUGAAAGGACCGCGUUGGAGGCCACAUCAAGAACAUUUGGCCAAUCUGGCAGAGCAGCAGUGGAGUACAGAAAGGCCUUCUGACAAACAGCUUAGCCAACUUCGAUCGAGUGAGCACGCAGGUGGUUCCUUCAAAAAGGAAGAUAUGGAAGCUGCUGAAGAAAGGCUUAAUCUGAAAGAUGGCAAAUCUGGACUUCGAAACACAUUCAAUGCCGAAGAGUGGUACUACGUCCUACGCGGCCAGAGGCCCACCAAGAAGCGUACGGAUCGCCCCGAGCAUAACAGGGCUAGUGAUCGAGGCCGUCAAAACAGCAGAUCAUCCCAAAUGCCUCCAUCCGUCGCGUCAACCCAAUCUGGAAGCCACUCUCUACUUGGGCCUUCUCACGAUCUAAGCAACGCACUCGAUAUCGCAGGCUACGAAAGCGGCGGCGUCACACCGUCGCUCGUCGGAAGUGGCAAAUCGCCCUCAUCGGAGGGAGAGCGCGCAUUACCGUCACCGACAGCAGGGUAUUCUCAAGGCCGUCGCAACAUGAAGGUACUGGAUAUCAACACGAGCUCGAUACGUAAAGAUACUAGGCUUGGUAAGGCUGUUCUGGGCUCCCUCUCACCGACAGGCUUAGGGGUAGACGAUACCCAUGACGAGGAUGAGACAGGGGAAGUUGGGUCAGGCAACAGCAUGGUCACAUCGGCGGGGAGGGGUUUGUCGUCGACUUAUUAG